ACCCACCUAUUCAAAUACCCUAAAACGUGCAGAGAGUAGGAUUUGACGUGGUGGCGGUACUGAGGCUCGUCAUGUCUUCCUUGAGUAUCGUUGGAGCACUGUCAAUUGUCGGUUCAGCUGUGCACAGAAAAACCGUUUGUAACCCAAAAGUCCACCCAAUAUUUGUCCUGUCAAUCGUGGACACUCUGCUAAGUGCACUGUGGAUCAGUGGAGCACUGGUGUGGCUGAAAGGAGGUGUUCAACAUCAUCGAGUUGGCUGCUUUACCAUCACAUGCAUGACCGUUGACUCUUCCUAUUGCUCUCAUCAUGAUUCCAUUUGGAGUUAUAGCUCAUAAGUACAAGAUUGUCGACAAGG